AACCGGGCGCCACCAUGUCCUCCACAAGAAAACUUCUCCGAUCCAAUUUCCUCCUCAUAUUGUUCAUUGUAGCGAGUUGCAGCCCACCGGAUGACCCAGUCAAAUGCUCAUCAAAAGACUCCGACUGCACCAUCACCAACUGUUAUGGCAUGUUCCCUGAUCGGAGCACCUGUCGAGCUGGGAACGUGGCCUACCCAGGCACUGAAGAAGAGAUCGGUUCCAUUGUAUCGGCUGCAACCAAGGCCGGUAAGAAGAUGAAGGUGGUGACUAGUUUUGCUCACAGCAUCCCCAAACUCGCCUGCCCUGAUGGUGUCGAUGGGUUGCUUAUUAGCACCAAAUAUCUCAACCAUGUAGUAAAUGUCGAUGCUGCAGCAAUGACAAUGACAGUGGAGAGUGGAAUGGCCUUGAGUCAGCUAAUCGAGGAGGCGGCCAAGGCAGGACUUGCAUUGCCGUACGCCCCCUACUGGUCUGGCUCCACCAUUGGGGGCAUCCUGAGCACGGGGUCUCAUGGCAGCUCCUUGUGGGGCAAGGGAAGUGCAGUUCAUGAUUACGUUAUAGCUAUGAGAAUUAUAAGUCCAGGAGGACCUGAUGAAGGUUAUGCCAAGAUCAGGAUUCUGAAUGAGAGCCACGAGGAUCUGAAUGCAGCUAAAGUUUCUCUAGGAGUUCUUGGAGUUAUUUCCCAGGUGACUUUGAAAUUGGAACCCAUGUUCAAGCGAUCCAUUACCUAUGUGAAGAAGAUUGACAUGGACUUGGGAGAUGAAGCAGUUAGUUUUGGUAAGCAGCAUGAGUUUGCAGAUAUGUCAUGGUACCCUAGUCAACGCCAGGUUGUGUAUCGAGUUGACGAUCGUGUUUCUCUGGAUGUUUCUGGAGAAGGUCUGUACGACUUCACCGGAUUCCGCGACACACUUUCACUUGUAGCCGAAAGUAUUAGAACUACAGAGGAAACUCAAGAAUCCAAUGGUUUGGAUGAAAUGAAGUGCGUUUCCGCAGGGGUAACCACCACGAUUCUUGGAGCAAUUGCAUACGGAUUAACAAACAAUGGUAUUAUCUUUACUGGUUAUCCAGUAAUUGGAUAUCAGAAUCGCCUCCAAUCAUCUUCAAGUUGCGUUAAUAGUCCUGAGAAUGGACUAAUUACUGCAUGUCCUUGGGACCCAAGAAUAAAAGGUGAGUUUUUUCACCAAACUACCUUCAAAAUCAGUUUGUCCGUAGUUCAGAGCUUCAUUAAAGACGUACAAAGCCUGGUUGCCUUGGAGUCCAAGUCACUCUGUGGACUAGAACUCUACAAUGGAAUCCUCAUGCGCUAUGUUAAAGCUUCAAGUGCUUACUUGGGCAGUCAAGAGGAUGCAUUAGACUUUGAUAUCACCUAUUACCGGAGCAAAGAUCCACUGACUCCCAGGCUUUACGAAGAUAUUCUGGAAGAGAUAGAGCAAAUGGCAGUGUUCAAGUAUGGAGGUCUUCCACACUGGGGGAAGAAUAGGAACAUUGCAUUCGAUGGUGUGUUCAAGAAAUACAGAAAUGUAACAGAGUUCUUGAAGGUGAAAGAGGCGUACGACCCAUCAGGGAUUCUUCUUAGCUCAUCUUCUGUUGCAGCUUCCAAUGUCCUCAACUCAUCUUCUUCCAAAAGGUACAUAUUGGAGGGUAAAGAGCUGGAUUUCUACAUGAAGAAAAUCCAGAGGAAGAAGGGCAAGGGUGCCGGUGCUGCUGCUUAAAUGCGGGCACUGCCUAAUAUCUUAUCAAUGAAAUUUUGCAUUGAACUGUACUGUUCUCAUCAAUGGGAUCUUAGCCACUAUUGGAUUUUAUUUUUUCAAUGGCCACCAUGAUACAGGAUGACUUGACACAUUUUUUCUGUUGAUUAUUGACUGCCAUGAUUUUUCUAUCAACAUUUUAAUUUUAGCAACGAUUUGUCAUUUGAAGUGGUAGUCUUUUUCGCUCCAUUAUGAAAACUUGUUUGUUAUGGGUGGUAUUCCUACCACCGGAGUGAAUCUGUUUUCGUGCUUUCAUAAUUCAUAUUUUAGUGUACCAAUUAAACUAUGAAAAUGAGG